AUGUCGGCAGGAACGACUGUUUCGACGACGUACCCAGCUAAUUUUAAAAAGGAGCCAGGCACAAUAGAGAUCAGUGAUGGAGACCGAGAUGGAAACCGUCUGUUUGUGUGGAAACCAAAUAAUACGGGGAGUGCUAAACCACCAAUCAACAUCAAAUUAGAAACCGUAACUCAAUUACAAGCCACUCCAGCAACGAGUGAGAAAUUGCAUUUAAAAAUCAUUUGUACAGUAGGAGAUGUUUCAUCUGCUACAACUCCAGCAUCAGGGCAGACUUCACAGGCACCAGCGACGCCAGCUGCCCCAGGAAGUGAGACUCAGAGCUAUGUUUUUGCAUUCAAAGAACGAUCGGUAAUGGAAAAUACCAAAACGACCAUUCAAAAGUUGGUUCAAGCUAUUCGAGCAGCCGUCACCGAGAAAUCUGCUAAUGGUACUGGUCAAAAUGGCACUUCUAAUGGUGGCGCCAACGGUACAGCUAAUAAUAAUAAUAAUAACAUGAAUCGUCCUGAGAAUAAACAAGCAGUAGUGGAAUUGGACUCGAAAAAGCUGCUACUCAACUUAAAUCUUCAACAAGGAUUAUUACGAGAAAAUAAAGAGCUAAUGAGAACGUUUCAAGAAACAGUGAUUAAUGGAGGACUUGCAAAUGACAAGUUCUGGAAUACCCGAAUUCAUUUACUACGAGCAUAUGCAUUGACGUCGUCACAAAAAAGAGGUGCUUAUAAUGUUUUAGGAACCAUUCGACCAACUACUGGCAGUGAUAAUCAGAUCAAUGUUUCAUUAACAAGAGAGAAAAUCCACGACAUUUUUGACCAAUAUCCCAUAGUUCGACAAGCAUAUAGCGACAGCGUACCAGGUAAAAUGACCGAGGGUUCAUUCUGGGAACGGUUUUUUCUGUCUCGACUGUUUCGCCGUUUACGAGGCGAAAAAGUUCCUCAAACUCAUCUUGUAGACGCCAUUCUCGAUACAAAAUACCUGACUCUCUACGAAGAAGAGCAAGAGGGAUACAAUAAUAGAAUUCUCGGUAUAGUAAGUACUACCAGUACGAGUAGCGGUAGCAGUAUCACCAACAACAACAGCAACAAUAACAUUAAUGCCAAUAACAAGAGAACUCGAGAAGACGACCCUAUCAGCGCCGAUAAUAACGACGACAACCGACCUGCUGGGGAAGUCACUGAUGACAUGUACCAUAAAAUAGUUCCCCAGUAUCUCGAUAUUGGCGGCAACGAAGAAAACGACCCACAAAAGCUGGGAAAUCUGCCUGAUAUUACCAUGCAACCAGGCAAAUCCGACGCCAGUUCCAUCUCACUAAUCCGAUCCAUGAACAGCCUAUCCCAACGCAUGCUCUAUGGCAAUGCCACUUCACGUAUAAUAAGUGGUCGACAAGAGCCAGCCAGCACUGAAGUAUCGUCACUUGGCGACCAAUUGAAAUUCGAUGAUCUGGAAAGCGAUUCAGUUGCAGACUCGAAUAUCGAACUCCAUCUCGUUAAUGAACCUGGCAUCAGCAUCAACGGAAAAUCCAAUUCACAUGAAGCAGAUGACACCACCGUUAUUGAACAGAUCCGAGAUCGAUACUCAAAGAGUCUUCAAACCGGCAGCUCUAUUAAUCUGAACGACGUCGGCAACAACACCGAGGAUUUGAAAGCUGCAGUCGGUCAAGUGACAUCGAUUAUAGAACUACGGUCGCAAGAGUCAGAUCAAGCGUCGAAUAUCUGGACGAGCAACGAGCAAGACAAACGACUUCUCGAUCAAGUUCAGCUCUGCCAUGCCACCUCUGUCGAGUUCCUUCGCCACUUCUGGCUGCACUUCCUCUCCGGCGACCCCAACCAGGCCUCUUCCAUAUCCAAACUUGUCACCAAUCUCGCCAAAAGUCUUGAACGAAUCGACGCUGUUUCCAAGGCAGCACCAACCCCCGACGCUCAAAACCACGCUCGAGCCUCGCUCGGUCCCCUAAAAACGUCCAUACUGACCGCCCUAGACCGCUACGAAAAGGCUCUCGAAGCGUCUUCCGCCGAGAAAUAG